CUUUUUGUCAGCUUUAGGUCGAAGGGCUCUCUCCGUCAAAGUGUCAGCUCGUCGCCAUGGCUGCUCGAUUGCUCGCUCCGGCCCUCCUCUCCGGUAAACCCGUUUCUCGCCGCCGGUUCCGUUCCUGUCCCGCCGGAAUCCGUUCUCGCCAGAUUACGUUCCGCGCGAUGUCUUCGUCGCCGGAAUCACCUGUUCCGGCAGUCAGAACUGUCACCAUAUCGUACUCGGAGCUCAAGGAGAGGGACACUGAUUUGUCUGGUAAGAUUGAAGAAGGUUUUGGACCAAAUGGACUAGGGAUUCUGUCUGUAAAAGAUGUUCCAGGAUAUUCCUCUCUCCGUCAAAAUCUUCUUCGUCUUGCACCUAGGUUGGCCGGGCUGCCAGAAGAGGUGAAGAGGGACCUUGAAGAUCCUCAUAGUAGGUACAACUUUGGUUGGAGUCAUGGAAAGGAGAAACUUGAAUCUGGAAAGCUUGACACAUUAAAGGGAUCUUUCUAUGCUAAUCCGCUACUAGAUGUGCCCACCACUAACACGUGUGAAAUCCAACGGUAUCCAUGGUAUUGCGGAUCAAACAUAUGGCCUGAAAAUGCAUUGCCGGAACUUGAAGGAGCUUUCAAAGCUCUUGGUAAGCUGAUGUUCGACAUUGGACUGAUGAUAGCAUAUCACUGUGAUCGAUAUGUGUCAAAGGGCAUAAAAGAACAUGAGAGCCAGAAUCUCGAAAAUAUACUUCUCGGCUCUCGGUGUCACAAAGGCCGAUUGCUUUAUUAUUUUCCUCCGCAGGACAGCAACACAGAGGAAAAUGACUCGAUGUCUUCUUGGUGCGGAUGGCACACAGACCACGGUUCCCUCACGGGUCUUACCCGUGCGAUAUUUUCAAGAAACUCGGCCCAAGUGCCGUGCCCAGAUCAUUCCGCUGGCUUAUACAUACAAACACGGUCUGGUCACAUUGUUAAGGUUGUAUAUGGUGAAGAUGAGAUUGCAUACCAAAUCGGCGAGACAACGAUGAUUCUGUCCAGAGGAUACCUUUGCGCAACUCCUCACUGCGUCCGGGCACCGAAAGGAGACGGGGCUCAUGGUCUAGAGCGUUCGACGUUUGCAUUGUUUAUGCAGCCUGACUGGGACCAGAAGCUAAAUUUCCCGAAAGAAGUCGCAAUCCAUGAAGGGCUAAUACCCUCUAAUGAAGUGUUAACGUUUGGAGAGUACACAGAGAAACUCCUCAACAUAUACUACGACACAAAAGCUUAGUGACACAAGCUUGUAAAAAAUGAUUAAGAUAAGGAUGUUGCUUAAUAGUUUAUUAACGACGACUAAUUACAAAAUAAAAUAAAUGUAAAUAAGGUUUUUGAAGUCAAAGGACGACGUCGUUUUCGGA